UCGGCCACCCCGCCGCCGUCGAGACUUCUUCGCCCCCCUCGUCAGACCCAGCCCCUUCCUCCAGCCCCCACUCCACGGCCACCACCACGUGCAACAGCACCACCACUUCGAAAGUCGAGCCGGGUGGGGGAGGGGGAGAUGGAGGAGGAGGAGGAGGAGGAGGAGGAGGAGGCCCAAAGAGUAGCUGCUGCAGGAGGCGGCGGCGGUGGAGGGGGAACUGUAGGUGGAGGUGGAGGGAAUGGCAACGGAAGAGGUGGCGAUGGAAGCAACGGAGGACGCGGAGCUGGUGGAGUAGGAGGAGGAGGUGGAGGAGGGGGAGGGGGAGGUGAGAGGAGGUACCGGCUGAACAAAAAAGUGGACGAGAGAGGGAGGACGAUUUCGGAUCAGAUCGGCAAAGGCGGAUUUGGCGCCGUGUAUGCGGGUGUAUGCCUGCACGACGGCGCCCCCGUGGCCAUCAAGCACAUCAUGAAGGACCGAGUGCCCGCCUGGGGUGUGGAAAAUGGACAGCGGGUGCCCAUGGAGGUGGUUCUCCUCCGGCGGGUGGAUCACAUCCACCAGGUGGUGCGUCUCAUCGACUGGGUCGAACGAGAGGACUCCUUCUUCCUAAUUCUGGAGAGGCCUGAGCCUUGCCAGGACCUCUACGACUACGUCACCGACAAGGGCCCCCUCCCGGAGGAGGAGGCCCGUGAACUAAUGUUGCAGGUGGUGACGAUGGUCGUGUCAUGUCACGCCGCCGGAGUCAUCCACAGGGACAUCAAGGAUGAGAACUUGCUGGUGACGAAAGACCGCCAAGGUCGACCUGUGCUGAAACUCAUAGAUUUCGGGUCCGGUGCUUUCUUCGUCAAGGACAAGAUCUACACCGAUUUCGAAGGAACAAUGGUGUAUUCGCCUCCCGAGUGGAUUCUCCACAACCAGUACCAAGGAAUCCCAGCGACAGUCUGGUCUCUGGGCAUCCUCUUGUACGACCUCGUCUGCGGGGACAUCCCCUUCGAGUGCGAGGACCAGAUCGUCUCUGCAGAGCUCCACUUCCGAGGAUCCCUUUCCGAGGAAUGCCAGAGCCUCAUUAGAUGGUGCCUGAGGGUGCGGCCGGGUGACCGCCCUUCCCUAGAGCAGAUCUUGCAGCAUCCCUGGCUCAAGGUCAGGUCACGUGAGACGCUGACGAGACCCAUCUACUCCCGGAGCGCCCCUGCGACGAUGCCCUCGUCGCCGGUUGGCUCCCUCGGAUCCGUGGGGUCUUCGCACAGCUCUGGGUCUUUGCCUCCGACGCCGCGGCCUCAGGAUAGGUAGGGAUGAGCGGUGUGGGUGGCGUCAGCGACGUCGACGGCGUCCUUCGGCAUUAGUCACGCUUCGACGGCGUUGUGACGCCAGCGGUGGCUGUCGGCCACAUAGUCAAUGCCUGUGCCCUUCUUCGUUCACCACAAAAUUACUGCAAGAGCCCAAGUCUUCAAUCCUCUCAACCGCCCCCCUCUUUCUCUCCCUCCCUCCCUUCCUUUUCCCCUCUGUUAGUAGUUAUGGCUAUUCAUCAUCAACAUCUCCUCCCCUCGUUUGAACCCCCUUCCCCCUCCUUAUCUUUUUGUACCUGAGGUACCUAUGGCAAGAGUGUGUUGUUUGUUGCUUUUGAGGGGGGAGUUCUAGAAAACAAAAAGGGCGUAAAAGCAAAAUGAGAUUGAGAAGAAAUCUGAACAUUUAGUAGCAGUGUCUUCAGUACCAAAGUCCCGUGUUCUUAGGAAAAAAAGCCAAUAUUGUACAUAGCUUUAUCAUUAAAUCCUUCUAUCCUGUCCUGCCCUGUUUUUAUUAUUAUGACUGUGACUUUUUUUUUUCUUUCUUUCUUUGACCCAUUUCAUAUCAUCAUCUAAGUCAUCAUUAUGAUUAUCGCGUCCUCUACAUGUUCUGUAUUUUUCACAGUACACGAUCUUCUUCAGUUGUACAUAGUUAUUAGUGUUGUUCCCCUCGUUUUUUCUGCGUUUAGUUAACUUGAAUGCUUCUUUAGUGCCAUGCAGUCAGUUCCUCCCUUGUAGCAUUCUCUGUCUUGUUAUGACUUUAUAGUUUAGGUUUUUUUUUUUUUUUUUUUUUUUUUUUUUUUUUUUUUUUUUCUUCGAACCUCUCGUGGAGAAAUGUGAAGUUAUGCAGUGUCAGGGUCGCGACGAGUGGCUUACUUGGGGUCACACACACACACACACACACACACACACACACACACACACACACACACACACCCACAACACACAACUUAUGACGGGUCACACGAGGUCAGAUGUUCCUUGUUCGUUAGAACAGCUUUUUUAUAUUUUUGAUUUAGACAAGAAAAGCCUUUGAGGCCCGAUUUGAAAUUUUGCCUUCCAGCAGCUCCGAUUUCCACGUGUAAAAGUACAUUCGUACUCCCCACGUGCGAUUCCUGCACGUAAGUCGUCGUGGAUUUCGAAUCAUUCAUUGUAUAUGUGGGAGCAAUUUUUGGCUCUUGACUUUAUAUAUAUCCUUUAUUCUCCAAAGAGUUAUUUCAAUUGUAGACAAGAUGGGCGGACGUGAUCCUGCGCAUUUCCUCAUGUCGUAAAAGGAUAUAGAUAUAUAUAUAUAUAU